AAUUUAAAAUUCCCUCAAAGAAGAAGUUGCCAUAUUGCAGUGAUACAGCGACUUUAGCAGAGAAUCAUAAGAUUUAAUCUCGAUUUCGCUAUUUAGAAGAAGAUGCUCUCGUGUCAAAGAUUUGGCGAUACGGCUGAAAUGAAAGACUAUCAUUACACAGGUCCAGUUGAGCACCGGUUUUCGCCGUACACGUUCAACGGCGGGACUGUUCUGGCGCUGGCUGGAGAAGACUUUGCCAUUGUAGCUUCAGACACAAGGUUGAGUGAAGGCUAUGCAAUCCACAGCAGAGAGUCUCCCAAAUGUUACAAGUUGACAGACACAACUGUUAUUGGCUGUAGCGGUUUCCAUGGUGACUGUCUGACUCUGACAAAAAUCAUUGGUGCCAGACUAAAGAUGUACAAACACUCAAACAAUAAGACCAUGACGUGCGGAGCCAUCGCUGCCAUGCUGUCUACCAUCUUGUACGGCAGGAGGUUCUUCCCCUACUACGUUUACAAUAUCAUUGGAGGCCUUGAUGCAGAGGGCAAGGGUGCAGUGUACAGUUUUGACCCAGUGGGAUCCUAUCAGAGGGAUUGCUACAUGGCUGGGGGAUCAGCUAGUGCCAUGCUCCAACCACUGCUAGACAACCAGAUUGGUUUCAAGAACAUGGAGGGCAUGGCACACGUUCCUCUAUCCCGCGAGAAGGCCAUUCAGUUGGUCAAAGAUGUUUUCAACUCUGCCGCGGAAAGAGAUGUUUACACUGGAGAUGCUCUUCAAAUCUGCCUCAUCACCAAGGAUGGGAUCACAGAGACGACCUUCAAAUUGAGGAAGGAUUGAAGAAGACAUUGGUCGUUCCGUCUUUUUUUUCUCCGCUUGCGCUUGCUUUCAAAUCCACUAUGCAGAUUGUGUCCAACAGAAGUGUUGAUCCAGACAUUAAGGGACUACUUUUAACCAGGAAACUUAGAUUCCAUUUUGUAGGUGUGUAGUUUUUUUUCUUGAUUAAGUUUUCCCUACAUUUUCCCUGUUAUUACAGCUAGGAUCUUUGAUUAACACUGCUGUAGUUAUACAUCUGACCUGAAAAGUUCCCAUUCUAAAAGAAACAAUCUGCUAUUCUUUUUACUUUGUUAAUAAAUGGAAAGGAUUGGGGAAAA